AUGUCCAACAACGUACAAGAACCACAUCUGCAACAACACCAGCAUCAGCAUCAGCAUCAGCAUAAACCCAAAUACGGACCACCGCAGCAUAUCAAACCACGCCAUUAUCAUGCCAUGCUUGAUCUAUUGGAGUCACAAGCUAAUAAGAAAUUGACUAGCGAAUACUCCACCGAGUUUGUGCAAACAUUGGCUCAAUUAGAGUCAGCUUCGUCUGUUAACCCAGCUAUGAUUGACUUGCAGCCAGAGAUUCAAUGGUUUAUGCGUCCGUUUUUGUUGGAUUUCUUGAUUGAAUUGCAUUCAUCUUUUAGAUUACAACCACAAACAUUAUUUCUUUGCUUGAACAUCAUUGACCGUUAUUGUGCCAAGAGAAUUGUUUUUAAACGUCAUUAUCAAUUGGUUGGCUGUACUGCUUUGUGGAUCGCUGGUAAAUAUGAAGAUAAAAAAUCACGAGUUCCAACGUUGAAGGAGUUGACCAUCAUGUGCCGUAAUGCUUAUGACGAAGAGAUGUUUGUACAAAUGGAAAUGCACAUCUUGAGUACCUUGGAAUGGUCGAUUGGUCACCCCACUUUGGAAGAUUGUUUACAAUUGAGCAUUAAGCAUUCAAAUAUCGUUGGCGCCAGCAUUACUCCACCAAAGUAUAGUUUGCAAGCUAUUCACGCUGCUAAUGUAGCAGGUGGUGCCAGCGAACAAGUGGUAAAGUCAGCAGCAGCAAGUACAUUGAGUGCCGUUACUGCUGUCGGGAGGUUCUUGUGUGAGUUGUCAUUAUACGACAAAUUCUUUUUACUGGUGCCUACCAGCUUAGUUGCAUACACUGCUAAUUUAUUAGCUUGUUCUAUGCUCCAACUCCCCAAUGCAUCCAUAAGUUUGAAAGAAAUGUUGGAAGCUGUUAUAAUUGAACCAAAAAGGAGACAACACCUUCAGAUGAAAUUGCAAAAUAGAUUAAAGAGAAAACAAGAACGCCAAUUGCGUAGGCAACAACAACAACUGCUGCUGCAGCUGCUGCAGAGGAAGACCCAAUUACAAAAUAUCGGUGCAGUCCCUAAAUUUCCCUUGAAACAGAAAAUGAAUACACUUUACUCCAAUAACAAUGAUAGCAAUUACAGCCACCAAAACACCAUAAAUAGACAUUCAAGCAUCGCCGAUGACAUUGACUUAGAUUGCGAAGAGAGUGACCAAGAGGAUGUUGAUACCGAUACUGAUGCCGAUACUGAUAGAGACGCUGAUAUCGACCACGAUGCAUUGGAUGAUGAUGAACCAGUUUUCAAUGAAACCAACGACACUACAUUUGACAAUAUUGCCGAGGAUGAAGAGAUUGAAAAUAAGUUGCCGGAAAUUCAUGGUGCUUUUCUCAAUGGAUUGGAUGAAUCGACAUUGUUGACCAUCAAAAAGACUGCUCUCAUGUUGGUCAUUCAAUUGAAUAAAGUGACUGAAGUGUUGACCAAGAAAUAUGAAUCGGUUGGUGUUAUUCAAGUAUUGAAGAAAUUCCAUGAAAAGAACUCAUUCUUGAUUCAGUCAAUCUAUGAAAAUAAGGAUAAACUUGUUGCCACCUUGGACUCUUCAACAGCAUUAAUUGAUUCUAGAUUUGUUCAAACGAUUGAGAUUUUAUUACAGUUUCCCCAAUUGAGUGAUCCGACCUUGGAUUCCGAUUCCGAGCCGGAUUCCGAAGAUGAUGAAGAUGAUGAGUACUGUGUCAACCCUUAUUCAUCUUACAAGGCAUACGAAUCCGAUGAUUAUUUUAGCGUAAGGGGAAGUGGCGCUGCUGGCCAUUUACGCACUCCUAAAUCACCCCACCCUUUUUUUGGUCCAUCAACAUUGGGGUUUGAUUCAAAUCUGAUUGCGCCACCAGUGACUCCACCAUCGGCAACCUCACAAUAUUCGGUGUUUUCCAAUAAGAGAUCCGGUGGAAGCCAAACCAAUAGCGUAACUUCAAAUUGUAAUACGCCUACCCACUUCCCCAUAUCAUCAUUUGCCUCGUCCUCUUCGGCAGUAACACAACAACAACAGCAACAACAACAACAGCAUGCAGUUAUGAUGGGUCUGCUGCAACCGCUGCUCUGCAGAACCAAAUCCAAAAUUAGAAAAAAGCGGGCCAUGAUGCAAUCGUCAGCCACAUCUAUCAACACCAGCAGUAGUUCGUCAGUUAUGAUUCCACCAAUUUUACCUACGGUGGCCACCGGACAUGAAGCUACAGUAAACGACAAGUGUAAUGGGUUUUCUCCUAUUAAGCCGGUCGCUAAUAGCAGUGCUAGCUUAAACACAAGUUCACCUUUGAUGAAUCAGUAUUUUUAA